GAAGACACACACACACACAGAAAACUAUGCUGAACUCGACAUUGCGGGUGUAAAUAGUUCUAACUCUCAGGGUCUGCUGUCGGCUCUGUGAUCAGUCUUAUUAUUCAAGCAGACUUACCCGUGUUCUGUACUCUCCAGGUCUUUGUGAAAGGUGUGUCCGGUGGGACUGAUUCGCCCUCGCCGAUCGUCACGUCACUCACAAAGGACAUGCCCGGUGCACUGAUGUUGGGACUCUCAAAGUCGUAGUAGGCUCCGAUGGCUGCUUGUAAAUUCCUGGGACAAAGGCAGAAAUCCAGGUUCACCAAGAAUCUGUCCCCAGACAAGAUCAACCUCAGCACGCUGAAGGGGGAGGGGCAGCUGUCCAACCUGGAGCUCGAUGAAGAGGUUCUGCAGAACAUGCUCGACCUGCCUACCUGGCUGGCUGUCACUCGGGUCUACUGCAACAAAGCCGCCAUCAGGAUACAAUGGACAAAGUUGAAAACAAGCCCCAUCUGUCUGUUCUUGGAUAAGGUAGAGGUAGAAAUGAGGACGUGUGAGGAGCCACGUCCACCUAACGGCCCCUCUCCUAUCGCCAUAACAGCCGGCCAGAGCGAGUACGGCUUUGCAGAGAAAGUGGUGGAGGGCAUGUCCGUUAGGAUCAACUCCAUCACCAUCAAGGUGCAGGCUCGUGCCUUCCACGCCUCCUUCGAGCUCUGGCAGCUACAAGGCAACAGCCUCAACCCCAAAUGGCAGCACAGUGACCUCCGCUACACCCGCGUCACCGACCCAAAGAGAGGAGAGGUUUUGACAUUCAAGGAAAUAAACUGGCAGAGUCUAAGAAUCGAGGCGGACGCCAUUGAGAGUAACGACCAGGACCUCGGUAGCACCCCGUUACGUCUCAUCACCAACCAGGGACGCAUUCGCAUCGCUCUGAAACGCAGAAUAAAGGACUGUAACGUGCUGGCAUCCAAGCUGCUUUUCAUCCUGGACGACCUGUUGUGGGUGCUGACGGACUCUCAGCUCAAAGCCAUCAUCCAUUAUGCCAAAUCUCUCAGCGAGGCCAUGGAGAAGUCUACCCAGCAGAGGAAGAGCAGGACUGCUGAGUCCCUUCAGACUGCUCCUCCAUCGCCUGGCUUCCAUAACCUUUGGACAGAGACCCCACCCGCCCCCACUGGCACCCCCAGCAACAUGAGUCAAUUCUUUGAUCUCUAUGAUGUCAAGGAGUCUUCUUACCACACCUUCAUAUCCCGUUUGGACUUGCAUAUAUGCAGCGACAGUUCUUCACUGGAUGAGGAUGAGGCUCCCCCACCGGGCUUGCAAGGUGCCAUGCAGCUGACGUUCAGGAAGCUGGGUUUUGACUACUAUCCCGUCCACAGACCUGCUGAUGGAUGUCGACACUGGGAACGCCACAGUGGAGCCAUGGAGGCUCAGGCCCAGUGGGCGGGGAAACUGCUGCAGGAGUACCAAAGGAGAGCAGAGGCGUCUGGGUUCCCUGGGCCACGCGCUGAGGGGCCCCAGUCAACCAAGGGCUCCUCUGCAAAGACAGGUCAAGAUGGACAGUCUAGUCCCAAGUCGAGCCCCUCUGACAGCGAGCAGGCGUCCAGCAGGAACUCUGGCACAGCUCCCUCAGGGUCGUCACUGAAGAGGCUGCGAUCCAGCUGCGUGGUGGUCAGGAUGGAUGACGUGGACAUUCACCAGGUGUCUACAAGAGGCCGGCAAAACAAGAAGACCCGGUCUUUAUUAUCCUGCAACCGCAAAGCUCUGCGUUUGCCAGACAACGUUCCAGCAAUUCAUCUGCAGUUCACUGAAUACUACUUUCCUGACAACCCAGGUUUUUCAGUACCCACGUCCAACCUGUAUGCCCAGCUGAACAGCCUCCAGCUCUGUGUAGACCCAGCCAGCGUUCUGUGGAUCAAUCUGUUUUCCAGAGGUCUGCUGCACACCCUGGACCAGGUCAAAGCUUUCUACCAUUUACAAGACAGCAGCAGGGCUGAAGAGCAUGUAGACGUCCGCAUGGAUGCCACUCAGCUCAAGUUGAUAAUCCCCUUGGAUUCUUCCAUAUUGGACCAUCCGGAGCGGCCACAGUCGCUCUCUGUUACUGUACCCCAGAUGGUUCUCAGUAACACUCGCCUCUGCCCCCAUGGCUCCAGAGCUGACCUCAACAACACCUACACCAAGUUCACCAGCUGCCCUUUCUUCCAGCACACACCUCCCUGCCCUUACCCCAGAGACCAGAGUGCCUUCCACCCCAUCCCAUCCAUCUUCCUCCAGCACUCUCAGGAGACCGAGCCCCAACCUCUGGACAGAAAGCAGCUGCGAUCCCAGGACGUCUGGUCUCUCAGUCUGUCCCGUGUGACCCUGGGUUUUGAUGGAGCUCGGCGAUUCCCCAAAGGCGGAAGCCAACCUUUUGUUGAGCCCUUCGCCAUGUCUGCGUGGAUGUGUCAGCCCUCUGCCUUUAAAAACGGAUCAUCGUCUUCCUCCUCCAGUCCCAGCAGAGACCACCAGCCUUCCUCAGAGCAGGAAGAGGCUUCUCUUGCCUCUUUCCACUUCUUGGCCCACACCAUCACUCCAGUGAAGAUGUGGCUCAACCACUACCAGUAUGUAGCCCUGCUGAGGAUGAAGGAUGCCAUGGCUCGGUUGGGGGCGGAGUUGGGCCGGGAUCUACGAGAUGUUAAGCAGGCUCAUGGUAAGAAGACAAAACCUGCUACAGUUUGUCUUGCCCUCCUGGUGGACUCUGCAGAACUGGGUCUCCUGUUGCCACCAGUGUGCACAGAGCCUGAGGAAGAGGUCCCCCACACCCCAGAGACAGACAGCCCCAGCAUAACAGACUCUGACAUCUCCCCCACUCAUCAUUCUGCAGUGCUGGAGGACAGCGCGUUAGAAAACGGCAUCUCCUCGCUCAAUACUGCCUCUGCGAAUGAUCAGGAUGAACAGGAUUUGGUGGUGGAGGAGGCAUGCGAGGCUGUGGAGGAGGGCUUGGAGGGGGAUGGUUUGACAACACAGCAGGACACCACUGUCCUCUCUCCUCCACUCUCACCUGGACACUCCCCCGUACUCUCCCGCGAAAUGUCCAACUUCAGCCUGGAGGGAGAGCUGUCCAGCGCCAUCAACGUCACCAAGGAUGCAACCAAAGAUGCCAUCAGUGCUUCGCUGGACCUGACCAAAGGGGCGUUUUCAAUAACAAAGGACGCCUUUAGCAUGCUGAGUCGUGGCUCGGGCAUGAGCAAAUUGUUCAGUACGCAGGCAAAGGAACAGGUCCAGCGUUCAGAAGACGCCUCCCCCUCUCUGGCUGCCAGCCUGCGCCGCCAAUCCAUGAAGCAGUCGCCUUCCCAGCAUUCCUUUGAUAGCGCUAUCUUGGAUGGCAGCCUGCCUGACGAAAAUCUCUCUGUGGAUAGCGAUAUCAGUGACAAUUUUGUUGUCCUCAUGGACUCGGAGUCGGGCAUGGAGUCCAUGCGUGCCAACAACACUCCUGCAGGCACCCGAGGCAGCCCAGCCUCUGGUGCAGAGGGAGGUUCAUCAGCGGACCUCAGCAGCUCUCUGUCCCAAAGUAUUGAGGACAUGUCUCAGGAUAUGUCCUCAGUGUUGCUGCUGAUCCUGAGUGGAACAGCUUGCACCAUGGACGUCAAGGGAGAAGAUCAAGUUGUGGCUGUAGAAGCUCAGAAUCUGAGCCCUGUGCAGAUGGGCAAUAUCAGGGUAUCAGACCUGCUGGCUGGCCUCAUACAGGCUCCAGGCGGACCAGUCCCGAAGCAGCAUGGACAGGGUAUCAGGGGCUCUCCAGUCGUGUGCAUGCGAGCAGAAAUGGGUCCGUCUGCUGCCCGACACUCUGCUGUGGCUGAGUCUUCUGGCUUUUUGGACAUAAGAGUGCAAGACUGCCAGGCACAGUUGUUGACCUCCACCGUGACCAACAUUGGUCCUUUUCUGGAGGACGAGUUUAGUGCUGAUGGUCAGCCAAUGAAGAUACACAUAAGCAACAUCACCAUCACUAUGAAGGAUGAUAGCCCUAAAAUCUACCCCACGGCCCCUCAACCUGUCCCAGCCUCGUUCAUUGUAGAUCAGCUGCUCCUCGAGCGCGGUGACGAUGGCAUCAUGAGGCUUAGAGCUGAAGGUACAGACCCCCCUAAAGCCUCAGCAGGUGAUCCUGAGGCUGGCCCGAACAACCCAAACCGUUCCUGCUCUGUUCAACAGCAGCACGAGAGACAAACCCUGGACUCGCAGCUCUCUGAUGCCCAGGCUGCUCUCACCCAGGCCCUCAGUGACAGAGAGCGCCUCCUUCUGGAAGUCAGGAAGCAUGACCCCACGUUCGCUCUCUGAGCCUCUCUGUCUUUCACCCGUGACCCUGCUUCAACACUGCUCCUGCUGGGGAAUGGUGAUGGGAGGUACCGGGCUGAAUGUCAGGAACCAGCAAGACUCAAUAAAAGCAGGUCUGGACAUUGGACAUGUUCGAAAAAGAAGAUGGAUCCAAGUUGAGGCUUUGGAUCGCCUCCUACUAUAUCACACUGUUAAUAACAUUACAUAAGAUCCCCUAUAGCAAUUAUUAAAAGUAGAACCGAGUGAAUUAACUUACAUUUACAUUAUGGUACUACUUUCUAUCUGGCAGUCUAGAUAUCCCUCACUGCUGUAACACAAAUUAUCCUGAUUAUUUCUGGACAGUUAACUCAUUGCGUGGUUUCAGUGUGUGUCAUGCAGCAUGCAAGGUUUAAUAUCAUGGAGCUGUAAUUCUCUCCGGUUCAUUAUUCGUGUUACGGAACUGAGCACAUGCCAAAAACCUCCUCUUCACAUGCACUGACACUGCCAGACAGCUGCUUAGUCCGUCAGCCGCUCCCUCUACACAACGUAACUGUAUGUCCAGCAUGCUUCGUGAACACGUAGCACAUUUACAGAUAGACAAGUCAUGAAGCUAGAUAGACAAGUCAUGAAGCUGAAUAGACUUAAUAAGGUAGAUUACUUCCGUUAGGUGUGUGUGUGUUCCUUUUCAUUUGAAAGUAUUAUAACAAUAUUAUCGGCUGUUACUUGUUGAAAAUGUGUAGGGAAAACGAUGCACUUUUUAAAAAUUAUUGUAAAGGAAGCAGAACUACACUGCUUUCACUGAGAGACGGAUGCAUCUCAUUUCCACCGUGGUUGCUUUAUCACCAGGGUGGAAUGGUUACUUAUCAAGUUCUCACUGUUCUCAAUAAGCGGGUUGAAACAUUCCCCGGUGUUCUCCGUCUUUGAGUGGUGAAACGUUGAUCGUGCUUCAUUUGUACUGUGGAACAAUGUGCUCUGUGGUCAAACAUCCACUCGAGAUGGGCCCGUCUUUGGAUCGCUCCCUCAGUGGGGGAGAUUAGUGUGCACAGUAGCUCCAGUGUUGAAAAUGGAGUUAGUCUUUUCACUCUAACUCUCUGGUUGAAGGAGGUAUGGGAUCAUACCGCCUACCAGAGUUAUGAUACUUGAUCUCCUUAAAAUGUUGUUAUGUGGUUUGCCUGGACACAUCUCAGACUGCUAGUGUUAUUACCUCUGUGCACAUCUGUCAUGUAUAAUAUAGUGGUCAUGCACUGACGUGUGUAUUUAUUCAGAUUUGUCAAAGUGUGUUUUUUGUUGUUGUUAGACUAAAGUUACUUUACGGUGUACUGAAGCCAUAUCAAUCAAAGGAAAUGGCAUUUUAAAGCGGUGGUACUGACUGAUGCACACAGUGUGUCGUGUAAAUUACUAAAUUCACUACAGAAACUGACAUUUUUCAGUGGGUUUAAUCCUGAUCUGCUGCAGAUUUGAUCUAUCGGACCAUUUGCCAGUUAAAAUUUCACUUUCUUUUUUCCAUACAUAAAUCUGUUAUAUGCAUGGAUUCCAACGAUGGAUUUGUUCCUCAAAAAGACUGAACAGUAUAACAUUCAUUGUACCAAUACUUUAGGGAAACAGCCCAGUCGGCUACAUUUUACAUACAAAUGUUCUCAUCUUGUUACAUCUGUGGUUUACAAUGGUGCCUGUGGAGGUAUGCUUAUCUUUCAUUAUUGUCCCAUUGUGUGCUCGGGAGACCCCUGGUGGCUGAACAUGCCAGAGCAUUUGAUAUUUUAAACAUCUUUUCUUUCUCAUCUCUGGCUGCCUUGCAAGCUAUGAAUGACAGAUUUUCAUUCGUACAGAGGAAUGUCAAAUAUUUAAGCAAUAGAAAGACAGUUUUGGUUUAACCAAGAACAGUAACACUACACAUCUUUGAUGUGGAAUUCUUCAGUGUUCAAGAUGACUAAUGUCAAAGAAAAGUGAUUUACCUGUCGACCAAGUUUUAGUGUUUCUGUGUACUUAACCUACCUAACUACCAGUGUAAGAAUGCAGAUACUGCCCUUUAACCUCAGUAGAACUUCGAGAUGUGAUUUCAGCUUUUGAUGUUUUUGUUUUUGCAUGGCCUUAGUAGACAAAAAUACAGCUGUACGAAGUUAGCCUUCCCAUGCUGGAUGCAACAUGUAGCUGUAAACCCAGUUUAUAUCCACCCUCUCCUCCGUCAGGCCUCACUGUGAAGUAGCAUCCCUGCUGACAAACUGGUGCUGAGUUCCAUCUGCUCAUAGACAUGCGAAAAGGAAGAGAUGGACGGAGAGUGAAGCGAGACUAACUUCAACCCAGGCAAAGUGUUGCCACUGAAAGCAGGUGCAUGUCCUGAGGCAAUGUUGCGUACUUUGCCUUGUGAAUUACUUGCACUUGUGUGAUAAGUUCACUGGAUUUUGCACUCGUUUUGAUGUAAAUCAGUAUUUUUGUCAGUUGUGUAGUUAUUUUGUAUCGUCUUUAUCACUUCGUUGAGACUAAUAUAAAAUUGGUUCUGUGAACCAAAGCUAGUAUGUGGGAACUAUUUUGAAAGAAUAAAUGAUUAAUUGAACACAUUUCAGUUGUGCCUUUGUUUUUAAUAGAAAAUGCAUGUUUCCGUGUAACAAAUACAUUUCUAAGGCAUCCACGUUGUUUGUCAUAAAAUAUACAGCAAGUUAUGCGUUCAAGU